CCACCAUUGGCCAGCACAAACACUCCUACAACAAUCGCCUCCGCAGUGCGGACACUGUCAUACGUGCUGUGGAACAGAGAUCGGCCUGCAGUACUGAAGAAAAUUUCCUCCCCUUCUGCUCUCUAUUUACUUCAAUCAUUAUCACUGGGCAUUCCAAUUUGAUCACAAAGUCAUUACAUCAUGCCUGCAAACCUAGUCUCACCGACUGUGCAAAGCACAGCGCUGAGCAUAUUUUCCAACCUACUGGCUCAGAUAAUAUCAUCUUACAAGAACGAUACACCCAUCUCCUUCAACCUCGCCGCCGUCUUCAACUUCGCCGUAUACACGAUCAUAAGCACGCCUCCCAACAUCCUCUGGCAGAGCUUCCUCGAAGACGUCUUCCCCACCAAUGUCCCCGCUGCGCAUCCCACACCUGCCUCUAAACCCGCAUCCGCAAAUGGCAAGGAGAAACCCGCUUCACAGAAGACCGGAACACGAACGAGCAAGACGAAUGUCAUAAUGAAGUUCCUCUUAGACAUGACAUUGGGCGCCGUACUCAACAACCUCAUGUUCCUCGUCUUCAUGGGCUAUGCGAAUGCGCCAGCCACGGCAACCUCGGCGCAAGCGUCGUGGGCCGCCGUGCAGCACGAAGUGAAGGAGAAAUUCUGGGUGCUGAUGAAGGACGGAUUGAAACUCUGGCCAUUUGUAUCGCUGGUCAGUUUUCUGUUCGUGCCGGUGGAGAGGAGAGUGCUGUUGGGGAGUUUGGUGGGUGUGGGGUGGAAUAUCUAUUUGAGUCUUUUGGCGGGGUAGUUUAUUGGGAUGCAUCUGGACCCGGUGUGUAAGCUACGUAUCUAAGCAUUUUGCGUUUUCCAAGGUUGUUUCAUCAUGGAAAGUUUGGUUAUGACCAUGCCAACUGCAUCCAGAUUGUUGUACAGCGUUACUAGCAAGCAGAGACAGUUCAUCAACCAAUACAUCAUUCAAC